AUGGGACUCCGCACCCCCUCCGGACCGUUACAACCAGUCGUCAUCGAACUCUGGAACAAUUUACCAGAUCUUUCAGACCCGACCUUUGGAAUAUCGGGCGGCGUCGAUAUCCUACUUGGAGCCGACGUGUACCCCCAUCUACUAUGGCCAGGGCAGUUAUUCCGUGGAGAUCUCGUCGGACAGCUCACCGUUGCCGGCUGGAUGCUCGCCAGUCACGCACCGGGCCCAGCGACCUCGUCCUCGCCAGCUGCUUGCAUGACGGCACAGGACACCUCAGCUCCACCUUGGCAAGAGCAGCUAAUCGCACUGAUGCAACGGUUUUGGGAAUUGGAGGACGUGCCACGGGUAAUUCGUCAAUCUCCUGAUGACAUCGAGUGCGAGGUCAUCUUUGCCAAUCAUCAUCGGGCUGCCGACGGGCGCUAUGCCGUCCGCCUCCCGCUCAAGCGCGACGGAAUUGAGCGACUACGAGAGAGCUUAACCGGAUCUACAGCAUCCCUUCGUUCGCUACAGCGCAGAUUGCGGGGUGCCCCGGAGAUGGCCAUCGAAUAUGCACGCUUUAUGGACGAGUAUCUUAGGUGCGGGCACAUGCGGUUACUGACCGACGUGGAGCUGCGCGAGUCGUCGGGCCUCGUGCAUUAUAUCCCGCACCAUGGCAUCUGGCAAGCUGGCGACCACCGGAAGAAACUGCGCGUCGUAUUCAACGCAUCGCGACCAACAUCCACUGGCUAUAGCCUCAACGAUAUCCUGCACGCUGGACCAAAGCUCCAAGCCUGCUUGCCGACUGUCUUGCUCCGCUGGAGAAGGCAUAGGAUUGCUUUCUGCGCGGACAUCCAGAUGAUAUUUCGGCAGAUCUGGAUCGACAAGCGUGACGUGGACCUCCAGCGUAUCCUGUGGAGCACUGGUAACUCUAGCCCGCCGAAGCACUAUCAGUUGCUCACUGUGACCUACGGUAAAGCUAGUGCUCCCUAUCUCUCUCUACGGACGAUUUCCCAGCUAUGGGAGGAUGAAGGCCAUGCUUGGCCCGAGGCCGUGCCUAUCGUCAAACAAGAUCGAUGCGUCGAUGAUAUUCUCUUUGGCGCUGACGACGUUGAGACGGCUCGACUUCGCCGCGACCAGCUGAUCGGCUUGUUGCAAGCUGGGGGCUUCCCUCUGAGGAAGUGGGUGGCCAACGAUCCGGAGCUGUUGCGUGAUCUCUCUCCAGAUGCCCGACUAAGACCAACCUGGCGACAGCUCAGCGCAGACGGUUUUGUCAGCGAACUCGGCGUCAGCUGGGACCCGAUUGACGAUUGCUUCCACCUCACGCCACCUACCCUACAGCCACGGCCGACCAAGCGCGCGAUGCUUGCCGCUCUAGCACGACUCUUCGAUCCCUGUGGCUGGAUCGCGACCGCUGUCUUAACUACCAAAAUGAUCAUCCAGGAUCUCUGGCGAGCGCGACUCGAAUGGGAUGAGCCCGUGCCUGCGGCCAUGGCCCAACGCUGGAGCAGAUUUCUGACUCAACUGCAGAAUGUCCCCAGCAUUGCCAUUCCUCGCUGGAUCAGCUGCAGUCCCGCCACUAGUUUGCAACUCCACGCAUUUGCAGACGCGAGCCAGCGCGCGAUGGCUGCUGUCGUGUACUCGCGCGCUGAGAACCCAGCCGAUGGUGUCUGCGUGAGUAUUUUGAUGUCCAGGACCAAAUUGACCCCCAUCAAAAGCUUGCAGCCAGACGCCACUAGUCCAACACGUAUGACGAUCCCUCGAUUGGAGCUACAAGCGGCACUGCUCGCAGCGAGGCUGCUACGCAUGGUUGCCGAGGAAUAUGCUGUGAGCGUUGAGCACUGUCACGCCUGGAGCGACUCCCAGAUCGUGCUUCACUGGCUCCGAUCAUCGGAGCCGACAAACAACUGA